GCACGAUCGGUAUUCUAUGUUGAGCGAAAUCGUCAGGAGUGGGACAAGAUUGCUUCUGUGUACCGUGACUUUAUUCGACUUUAGAGGAAUAAUUCAAGAUGUCAGGAGGGGAGCAGAUCGAGAUGAUAAUUGACUGUGACCCUGGUGUCGACGAUGCCGUGGCCAUCAUGAUGGCGCUGUCUCAACCCAGUGUGAAUCUACUUGGACUCACCUGCGUUGGUGGAAACACACCCAUUGAUAACGUACUCAGGAAUGCACUCAGGGUGUUGAGAUUGUGUGAAAGGACUGAUGUGCCAGUGUUUAGAGGGUCAGGUAGUUCCCUACUUCAUGACUCAAUCAAAGAUGCUCAUCAUGUACAUGGCUCUGAUGGUCUCGGAGGUGUUCCAGAUCCAGACCCGCCCAGCCUUGAUCUCAUCCAAUCAGAGCACGCCGUCCACGCCAUGAUUCGCAUGACAAAAGAGAAGCCUGGUCAGGUGACCAUGGUGGCCAUUGGACCGCUGACCAACCUGGCCCUCGCGAUUCGACUGGACCCGGGUUUCACCGGUACACUGAAGAAGCUGGUAAUCAUGGGAGGCAAUACAGAAGGAUCUGGGAGUAUGACAGAUGCGGCAGAGUUUAACUUCUUCAGUGACCCUGAGGCGGCUCACAUAGUAUUGCAAGACGUCAAAUGUCCAACAAUAGUUGUUGGCUGGGAAACAUGUCUGAAGAACGGAUUAUCUUGGGAGUGGUACGACAAGUGGUCCUCCAGUCAGUCACCCAAAGCCACCUUUGUGAAUAACAUAACAAGAUCGAUGGCUGACAGGAUGCGUAACCGGAGCAUGCGUAAACUCUUCUUACUGUGCGACCCGCUCGCGAUGGCUGUGGCUAUCGAUCAGGGGGUAGUGACCGCGUCGGACCACUUGCCGGUCUUCAUCGAGAUGCAAGGGACGGUCACACGGGGUCAGAUGGUCAGCGUUGUCAAAAACACUCAGGGACUGGAACUCGGACCGAAGAUUGAGAUUGUAAAACGUUGUCGGAUUGAAACAUUAGCGGCCAUGUACGAGCAGGCUACUAGCUGAUUUAAGCUAUUGUUGCAUUAGGAAAGAAGCCCCCUACAUAAUAUGCUGGUCAACAAUGUAUAAUGACACACUGUAUGCUCAAUGCUAUCCAGGGAACGAUAUCGUCCAGCAAUUUGGCAUUGCAGAUACUGAACUUGUUUUGUGAACACUGAAUGCCAAUAUUGAGAAACAAAUUGUGUUUUUUGAGUAGCAACCUGUACAUUUUGUGUAGCAUUUUGUUCUGCUAUACAAAAGAAAUCAUUCGCUGCUGUCGGAGAACUUUGGAGAAAAAAAUAAUACAUCUCUCUGACAGUCAGAGUGCAAAGGCCAUUAUUUUAUUUCAGAUAUUUCAAUUAUUGUUUCUGUCAAAACUCUCAGGAGAGAUUAAAAACAGAGCUGAUCUUGAGGAGGAUGGUUGUGCGGUUUGUGAAUACAGAAAUAGAAUUAGUCGUUCCAUUCUUCAAACCAUUCCGUUUUACUUUUCUAACACACAAUUUGUUUGGCUUGUAUCAAAGAACAGAAACAGCUGCUAUUUUUGUUGCUCAAAAAUUUGGCGAGCAUUUCGACUACAUUUACUGAUAUUCCAACAAAAUCUGCUCUACAUUUGAAAAGCAGAGUUGGCUUGACUCAAAAUAUAAAUCAAAGAAUCCUUUUCUGUUCUUUCAGGAAUGGUUUGACAAAUGGUCUGCGACUCCCACACCCAAGGGAAAGUUCAUAAACGCUAUCCUAGCGGGCCACUUUAUGAAGUAU